AUGAUCAAUGAAAACCUCCAGCUCUUACCUAAUGUCACUUUGGGAAUUAAUAUCUAUGACAGUUAUGGUGGAGAGAACACAUAUCAUGCCUCAAUGGAACUUUCCUCCAGUCAGAACCGAUUCAUUCCCAACUACAAGUGUGGCAUCCUGAAUAAACUCAUAUCAGUUGUUGGGACUCUUGAUCCUGGAAUUUCCUUUGAUAUGGCAAAUAUUUUAAUUCCAUACAAAGUUCCACUGUUUCCAAAGGGCUUUUCCCCUUUCUACUACAACAUGGCUCCAAGUGAAAACAUAUUUAACAUGGGGAUUAUUCAACUAUUAUUGUAUUGCAGGUGGACAUGGGUUGGGAUACUUACGAAAGGCUUUGAGGUAUCGUUUCAACGCCUAAUUGUUUCAAUUUUUCCUUUCUAUGGCAUAUGCAUUGCCUUCUUGGAACAAUUCAGACUUCAUUUUGACCAGUUUUUUGAUGGUUUGAAAUGGCUUGUCAAAAGCUUUCACAUUUAUGUUAACAGCAAAGCCAAUGCUAUAAUAGUCAGUGAUAAGUAUCUUCUACAUUUAAGAUGGUUGUUACGUCUACCUGAAAUAGAAAUGAUUUCUACAAAGCCUAAAGGUAAGGUGUGGAUUAUGGCUUUCAACGUGGAUCUUGCAUCAUUCUUUUAUCAAAAGAGCUGGGAUAUCCAAGUCCUUCAUGGUGCAUUGACAUUUGCAGCUUACUCAAAGGAAGUUGAGGGAUUCCAAAUUUUUCUCCAGACAAGAAGCCAUUUCUCCUCAAAAGAGGAUGGUUUUCUCAAAAAUGUGUGGGAACAAGCAUUUGGCUGUGUAUUUCCAAAUCCAUCUAAGAAUGAGAAAAAUGAUGAUGUUUGUACAGGGAACGAGAAAUUGGAGAGUCUUCCUGGGGCUUUUUUUGAAAUGAAAAUGACCAGUCAUAGUUACAGUAUAUACAAUGCAGUAUAUGCUGUGGCACAUGCUUUACAUAACAUGAAGUUGGACCAUCAAUGUAAGAGAAAGUCAAAUGGCAGAAAACACAGUAUUCAGGAGACCCAGCCAUGGCAGUUCUUUUUGAAAAGAGUAUCAUUUAACAACAGUGUUGGAGAUGAAAUUUCCUUUGACAAGAAUAGAAAACUGAUUACAGGAUUGGAAAUGGAGAACUGGGUCACAUUCCCCAACCAGUCAUUCCAUCGAGUGAAAGUUGGGAAGCUAGAUCCCAGGGCUGCUGAAGACCAAAUGUUCACCAUUCACGAGGAAGCCAUCACCUGGUCUAGCACUUUCAACCAAACCCUACCCAUUUCAGUGUGUACUGACAGCUGCCCCCCUGGUUAUUUCAAGAGAAAGCAGGAGGAGAAACCAUUCUGCUGCUAUGAUUGCCUUCGAUGUCCCAAAGAGAAAAUGUCAAGCGAGAAGGACAUGGCUGAGUGUUCAAAGUGCCCAGAAGAUCAAUAUCCAAGUAAGAUCCAAAAUUCAUGUCUUCCAAAGAAAGUGUCUUUUUUGUCCUAUGAAGAACCAAUGGGAAUUGCUUUAGUCACUCUCGUACUUUUUCUCUCUGUAUGCACACUUAUGGUGCUGGCAAUAUUUUUGAAGUAUCACCAUACUCCAAUAAUCAAGGCUAAUAAUCGAAAUCUCUCCUAUGUUUUACUCAUCUCCCUCCUUCUCUGCUUCCUUUGUUCACUUCAGUUCAUGGUUGCACCUGGUAAUAUAAUAUGUCUAUUUCGACAAAUUAGCUUUGGCAUAAUCUUCUCAGUAGCCGUGUCUUCUGUACUGGCAAAAACCAUCACUGUGAUUUUAGCUUUCAUGGCCAACAAGCCAGUAUCCAGGAUGAGGAAAUGGGUGGGAAGAGGACUAGCCACCUCCAUUGUUCUUUCUGGUUCUCUGAUUCAAGUAGCCAUCUGCAUUAUAUGGCUCUUCAUAUUUCCUCCUUUCCUUGACACUGACACUCAUUCAGAAAUUGAGGAAAUCAUACUCCAGUGCAAUGAAGGUUCAGUUAUUAUGUUCUACUGUGUCCUAAGCUACAUGGGCUUUCUGGCAGCUGCCAGUUUCACAGUAGCAUUUUUCUCCAGAAAUCUUCCCAGCAGUUUCAAUGAGGCCAAAUGUCUCACUUUCAGCAUGGUGAUAUUUUGCAGUGUGUGGCUCUCCUUUGUUCCAUCCUACCUGAGCACCAAAGGCAAAUACAUGGUGGCUGUGGAGGUUUUCUCCAUUUUGGCUUCCAGUGCAGGGUUGCUUGUCUGCAUAUAUUUCCCCAAAUGUUACAUAAUUAUUGUUAGGCCAGAGUUGAACAACAAAGAAGAAUUAAUAAAGAGGAGAUAA